AUGGUGACCGCGAGCUGGGCGGGGCACCCGGCGGCGGGGGCAGCGCCGCUGCAGCGGGAGCUCGCGUCGGUUCUGCUGGGGCUCGCUCGCCGCCCCCACGCCAUAGGCCUGCCUGGCCCACGGGGAGUUGUACAGGGCUGGGCCCACAGCGGGGCUGCCCUGGGGCUCCGGAGCCUGGUGAUUGCAGCUGUAUUGCUUUUUGGAGAUUGGAUGCUGCUAGCAUUUGGAACAGUUCUUACCUUGUCUUGGAUUUCUAUAGCUCAGGGACUUUGCCAGAGGAGGAUCAUCUGCAGAACAUCUGCAAACAGCUUGAUUGGCACAAUCUUGGGACUGCUAAUUUUUCCAUGUAGUUUGCAUUCUGCAUUCGCUAAUGAAAUUGAUGAAAUUCCCCAUCCAAUCCUGGGAAACAUAAGCUUGGCUGGCUGGGACUACACAGUGGCUAUCCUGGAUGUCGUUCCACCAUGUUUGCUGCCAGUCAUCGGCAGAUACAACUUAAAUGAGUCAAGUCUUUUUCUCUACUGCUACAGAAAGUAUAAUUCUAGUAGGAGAAGAUGA